AUGACGACCGAGAUCAAGGAGCGCGUCUCGCACGACCUUGCGGCUCUCCCCGUCCACACGAAUGAGGCGCUCACGAACGUUCUCGAGGGCCGCUAUGACAACCACGAGGUCUACACCAAUUGUGGUAUCCUGACGCUCGCCGUCAACCCCUUCGCUAAUGUCCCCGGACUCUGUGAGCUAUGCGAUGUUGUUGAGCUGACAGUUACAGACGAGCCCGACGUGCGACGAUCAUUCUACGGCGUGCCAUCACACUCGCAACGACCACACGUAUAUGCUGUUGCCGAAAACGCCUACCAAGCGUUGUUCAACGGAGACAAGCGUAACCAGACUGUCGUCAUUACUGGAGAGAGUGGUUCCGGAAAGACGAUCUCAUGUAAUCACUCGAUCGAGUAUCUCGCUGCACGCGGGUCGAGUGGAGGCGACCUCGCUGACAAGCUCGUGAGCGCCAGUACGGUACUUGAAGCGUUCGGAAACGCCCCGACAGUGCACAACGCGAACUCGAGUCGUUACGCCAAAGUCGUGAACGGAGCCUUGACGGGAGCAUCCGUGUCUACCUUCCUGCUCGAACGGGGUCGCGUUAUCGACGACCGACCAUUCCACAUUGUGACGCUGUUGCGGAAACUGCGUGAGACGGGCGAGAAACCGGAAGCCUUCACGAAGAUCUGCACGGCGCUGUCGGAGCUGGGACUGGACGAGGAGAAGCAGGAACGUAUCUGGUCGGUGCUUGAGGGCAUUGACCAUUUGAUCGCGGGAAACGAUGCGCCGGCAGCCGAGUGCUUCGGGCUCGAUCCGCAACAGUUCCACGACGCUCUUACGGUGCGGACUGUGAAGGCCGGAAACGUCGACACGGUCAACAAGCCGAGAAUAGGCGCCGAGCUCAAGGCGGCCCAGGAGGGUCUCGUGCGAGCACUGUACGCAUGGCUGUUCGAGUGGCUCGUCGCCGAGGUCAACCAUGCCCUCGGAGCUGCUGACUCGGAGGGGCCGUGUAUCUCCCUGAUCGAUAUCUUCGGUUUCGAGAGCUUCGAGCGGAAUACCUUGGCCCAGUUCUUGAUCAACUGGGCGAACGAGCAGCUGCAACGGCAACUCUCGAAGGAUGUGCUGGAGCGCCAGGCCGAGGUGUACAUGGACGAGGGAAUCGAGAUGGAGAAGCCGACACCACAGCCAUCAUGUCUCGAGCUCAUUGCCAACAAACCGGGCCGCAAGACGCAGACCGGCAUCGCCUGUCUGCUGGACGACGAGACGCGGCGACUCGGUCUCGGUCUCGGCGGUACGGACGAGACGUUCGCAGGCAACAUCAACCUCGAGUGCCACAAGCUCCACGGCUACGUCCGGAGUCCGUACACGAAGCCGAACGAGUUUGUCGUCGCCCACUACGCCCGCCAGGUUAAGUACGACACGCGCGGCUUUCUUGCCGCGAACUCGGAGCGUGUAGACGACAAGCUCUUGAACUGCCUCACAUCGGGUGGUGAGUUCAUGCAGACACUCGUCCUCCCGCGCACUGCUGGCCGCAACUCUUUCGCCAGUGUAGUCACAUCAUUCCGCAAGUCGCUUGACGAGCUUAACAACCUCCUCACAAACACUCGCGUCCACUACAUUCACUGCAUCAAGCCGAACAACGAGGCUAAGGCCUGGGUCUUCCGCCGAGACCUCGUCUCCGUCCAGGUCGGCGCUGCGGGCAUCACGCAGAUUGCGCGAUUUGCGCGAGAGUGCGGUCCGUACCGCGUCCCGCAUGCGGAGAUGGCGCCGUAUUACCUCGUCCUUGACACGCCGCCGAAUGACAUGCAGGAGGUCGUCAAGGCGCUCUCAGACAUUGCAGGUGACCCGAAGGGAGUGCAGGUCGGCCGAUCGUUCGUUUUCUUCAAUGCCGCUGCGCUGUCGAAAAUCGACGCGGCGCUGGAGCGCAAAGUCGAGGUUCUGACCCGGCUGCAAUCUGCUGCGAGGCGAUUCACGACACAGCGCAGCUUCAUCGAGCGAAGAGACGCUAUGCGCCGGAAGAAGGAGGAGGAGCGGAGGGCUGCAGAGGCGCUGCGCAAGCAGUUGGAGGCUGCUGCUGCCAAAGAGCGAGCCGAAGCCGAAGCUGCCCGAGCUGCGAAGCGGGAAGAGCGAGAAAGGUCAUUAUCGAUGGGCAAGGAGAAGGAGGUACCGAACGGAAAUGGCGAUGCCGGACCGCUGUCUGCGGACACGACGCAUACGACCGUCAACACCGACACGACCGCCGCCACCGAGACGCCUGGAUCGCCCGUCUCGUGGACCUCGUCCAUUACGGAGGAGGAGAGCGUCGACGACCUCUUCCACACGCCGCCAGUGCCGACGCGAGAACAGCUCGUCACCGCGCCCGUUGCCAAGCCGGACUUUGUUUCUCUGCUGGUGCGCGAGAUCAUCAACAGCGCCGGGGACUACGAGACAACUGCCACCGCUGGCUCGCUUCUCGCACGUAUUGUCUCCUGGCACCGAGAGCGGGAGAUGGCCGCCGUGCCGGACAAGAUUACAACGGAGCUCACAUCUGGUCUGCGCGCGCUCACGGAACGAAACUCGAUCCCGAAGAUCUGGUGCGCGCUCUCGCUGUCCCAGGCUGUGCUCGAGUCGGGCUACUCGGCGCCGCUGGAAGCCCUGCAGGCGCAGCUGUUCGACCAUCUCAUGAAGUGCAUCUACGGCCCGGCGGAGAAGACGACAACGGCGCUCCUGGGCUCGCACGACGGGCAGCACUCGAACCACUUCAUGGAGUCGGUCAUGCACUCGCUUACCGCGUUCCCUAAGCAGAUUCGUAAGGGGACUGCUUAUGCGAUGUUCACCCGCGAAUACCAGCUCUUGGUGCAGGCAGUCUUGACCGGGAUCGGCAACGAGACUGCCGCGCGCGCCUUGAGAUUCCUUGAUUCAGAAAAGAGUGAAUUGAAUGUGUGGCGUAUGGAACUGACAACAGACAUGCGCGAGUAUGCGGGCAUGCUGAACAUGCCGCUGGAGCGGGUGCUGCUGUCGAUGCUGCAAACCGUCUCGGAGGGAGGACUCGGAUCGCUGCGUAGCAAGCAGACGAUUCGGCACCCGACCAAGGCGACGAACGCAGCCCUCGCUGCGGCCGGCUUCCAGCCCGUCGACAUCCGAUCAGACCUGCAGUCCACUCUGCGCACUGCCAACGACCAGUGCACGCUGCCCGAGCGGAUUCUCGACUCGCUCGUCACAGUGCGCAAGUUCCACGACUGGGAGGCGCAGGCGCUCUAA